UUUUUCAGUUAAGGUUAUUAUAUAAAGGAUAAUUCCUAGAACAAUCCCCAUGUUCUUCAGAGUCAUGGUGCUCAUUUUUUUUUAAUUUAACUAAUUUGACAUAUCACAGUUUCUCAGUGUGUCUAUGUCAAGAUUCUGUUAUUGGCAGUAGUGAAGAAAACUGGAUGCACCAAGCCCUGUUGAUUGUUAUAAAAAAAUUUAUAUACUCUGUGAGUUUGGUUUGUUGCUGUUUCGGUGAGUUGUUUAGAUUCAUUGCGUGAAACCCCAACUUGGUCUCUGCUGCUGCCAAAUCAGUUAGUUACCUGGGCCAGAAUUCAACGUUGUUGAAGUGAUGAGCCUGCUGCUUGUGUCAUGAAGCUCUCUGCUGUCUUCUUCACAAUUUCCAUUCUUGCUGGAAGAUUUUUGGUGACAGAUCAAGAAUAAGAUCUCAAAAAUGAUAAAUAGGACCGUGACUAGAUAAGGUGACGAAUGCGAUGAUUAUGAGAACUGUCUGUCGGAAAUCAGCGUUUUUCUUGUAGUGAUAACCCAACUGUCCACCAAAUUUUCCUACUUUUGUUCCCUACGAAGUUGUGACAAUGUUGCCAAAAGUGUCGCUUGCACUCUCUGGGUAAUGCCAAUUCAUGUCCAAUCCAAGAGUAGCAUUUCUUCCAAAUCAGAGGUGAAAGCUUUAUUUUUUGAAUUGGGAGGAAGAUUGACCAAAUAAGCAGAGGCAAAAAUGAAGAUGGUAACUGCUUUCAAUGGCAACAUGAAGAAAGCUGCUGCUGGACUUAGACGCAUUAAUCUUGAUGGUCUUCGAUGGAGGGUUUUUGAUGCAAAGGGCCAGGUUUUUUGGAGGUUAGCAUCUCAAAUAGCUACUGUAGUUCAAGGAAAGGAUAAGCCAACUUACACACCUAAUCGUGAUGAUGGAGAUAUGUGCAUUGUUCUUAAUGCAAAAGAUAUUUGUGUGACUGGGAGAAAACUUACAGACAAGGUCUACUACUGGCAUACAGGGUAUAUUGGCCAUCUCAAGCAAAGGACUCUAAAGGAUCAAAUGGCCAAAGACCCUACUGAAGUCAUUCGCAAAGCUGUUCUGCGUAUGCUGCCUAGAAACAAACUACGUGAUGUAAAAAAGAGGCUAAGUUUUGAAGUGCAAAAAGUGGCAGUUGGGGCUAAGCUUAGCAGUUGGGCUAAGCGCACAUCCACCGCUAAGCGUCGAUUCAGCGUGCUUAGCACGAAGGAGAAUUUGACAGAGCAUCAGCAUCAAGGCCAUGCGAGGGUGUCUUCAGCCAGGCUCAGCGCAAGACUGGCGCUAAGCCCAGACCCACUUACUCGAUCUAAGCGUGAGGGUGGCACUAAGCGCAACGUUGCGAUUUCAGAGCCUAUUUAAAGCCUGUUUUGUGCAGAAUUAGGGUAGAGACACUUUUUGAUAUUCUUUGCUCAGACUUGGCACACUAUUCUAGACCCGCCUCUCCUUAAGGAAUGACCAACCCUUAAUUGCCUCAAAACAGCGCUGGUGUUCCUCACUUCGGAACCGAUGGUUGUCAAACUCUACGUCCACUUGUGGGGCUGCACUGGAACCUUCUCCAGCGGCAUCUUUCCUUGCCCUCUUAGCUGGAAGCUUCUUUGGAGCCAUUUUCUGUGAGGACACAUUCACAAAGUUAGUUUGCAUGAAAUACCAAUCAUCAUUUCAUUUAUCUCAAACACAACAAAAGCCAAACAAACCUGAAUGGUGCAUAUUUCUUUCCACCAAAUGCAAGUGUCAACGUGUAAUUAGAAAACAAUCAUACCUUGGUGCACGCAUUAUUUUAUGACAUACAUUUUAUUGAAAAGCAUUUUAGCUAUCUAGAUGCAAGGUGCCUAUCAUAGUGUAGCCAGUUUGAAUAUUAGUCUAAAAUCUAAACAAUCAUGCUCCCAUAUUCAUGCAAUUUAUGCAUUUUUGCAUCCAAGAAAAAACUUAGAUUCCUAUGCCUAAGCCAUGCUUUUGGCAUUUUAUUCUAACAACUUAAGUUGUCCACACCUUCCAAAUGAUAGCCAUACAUGCACAAAUUCAUUCCACAAUUCAAACUUCACAAUAUGACAUGCAAAGGUCAUUGAGGGAUUUCAUCGAAUGGUUGGUAGGCGCAUUGUCAUACCCUAAUUUCGUUUGGGGACUAUUGCUUGAUGGCAUGCAACCUUUGAUUGAACGCUUUGAAGUACU